GUUUCCCUCUCACACUUUGCUUUUGUCAUCUCUCUCUCUCUACGGCUCUCUCUUUUAACUCUCCUCUGCAUUGCCUUUUUGGUUUAGUUUUUUUGUUUGCUGCGCUUUGGCGGCUCGUCGCGUUACCAAGUCGCGUCAGUCAGUCAAAGACUUUAAACGCACCAAGUUGCCUUGCCUCCUCCUCGGCCGAAAAAGACAGUUUCUUGUAAGCCAUGAAUCUACGCUACAUUUGCACCUUGUCGGCGCUGCCCACGCUCUAUGUGCUCCUCGUUUUGCUCUCGGAAUUCAUCGAGGAGGGUUUGGCCCAGUCUCAGGAUCCUUUAUUCGAAUUGCCUGUGCAACUAGUUGGUUUCCCGGUGAUUGUGCUCUCGGUGCGUUUGUCGCAGUUUGCCAAAAAGUUGGCCUACUCCCUGAGUCCAAGCACUUAUCGUUCUCGCAGCAGACGCGAUGCCAGCCAUCCGCUCUCCUUGGACGCCGAGUUGGCUCAGAAGGAGAUCUUGCGUGAGUUUGGACCAAGGGCUUGCAUUCUGGAGGAGCCUUGCCGUGUGCAUGCCUCACGUCCUGGCAGCCAGCGACGUCCGCUAGGCGAUGGCAAUGCUGCACCACAUGCACCCUGGGAGGAGGUGCUGAGGAACUACAAAGUGCAAUCAAGCGGCGGCAUGAAACAAUGGUAUCUGCUCUCGCUCUUCAUCGGCGACGCUGUGCGAGAUGUGCCGCUGUGCAAGCACCUGGCCAAGCGGAUGCCAUGUCCAGGCACUGGACCACUGCCGCCUCCGCAGCCGCGCUAAGAAGUGCAAAUGGAUUAAAAAUCGUAAUACAUACUCGUAUAUAGGGGCGGGUAGUCAGUCAGUCAGUCAGUCAGUCAACUGCACGAACAUCUUUCUUUCAGCACAACUUUCUGUCUAUCUCUUCAUUCACAUUCAUUCCGUACUGUUAGUUGGGGAUUCUAAUUUAAACAACAGACAGCAUAGGCUUAGUCAGUCUUAUAAGUAAAGUAAGUGUAUGUGUUUCUCUAUGUAUCUGCAUGUGAAGCAUAAGCAAAUAAAUAAACAAAAAUCAUUUGAAAAUGCUGUGUGUCGAUGCCGUGUCAUGUCUGCGCUUUUAAAAGCAGAUUCCAUCCAUCCAUCCAUCCAUUGGAGUCGUCUGCACUCCUUGACUGUCUGCCCAUUCCCUUGAAUUCGGCGUCCAGUUCGAAGUUUCAUUUGUUUCACUGCUCGGACAAUGCACUUUUUACCCCCUUUUAUCACUCACGCUGCAUACCACAAAUUUUUCUGGUGCAAACAAAAAUUGAUACGCCAAAAAGCAUGCAACAUGAAAAAAGCGGCAAACGGUUGCAUACUUUGCAGCGGCGCGCACCAAUUGUUGACGCAAGGCAUUAAGCUCAGACUCCAUGGAGCAU